AUGAAAAUCCAAUCUAUCCUCGUAUUCUUGAUUGUCAGUUUGGCUGCUGGAACCUAUGCCGUUCCUGCUCAAACACCAUGUGAAAUCGUUCUCAAAGGUCAAUUUACUCAUACAACCGGUGGACAAUCUGGCUGUUUUGGAACUGAUCUUACAGAUCCCAUAAGUGUAGCCAGUGCUCCCAGCAACGUUGUUUACAAAUUUUACAGUGGCGAAAAUUGUAACGGACUUAUUUUCACUGGCUGGUUGGUGUCACCAAGUUGCAAACCAAGUCUGCUAGAUUAA